AUGACAGUAUCAAAAUACCCGGAAGCAGUAGUAUUUGAUCUAGACUACACCCUAUGGCCUUGUUGGUGUGAUACUCAUAUAUCACCACCACUAAAACCCAAGUCACAGUCACAAAUUAUUGAUUCUUAUGGUAUGAAACUAUCAUUCUACCCCGAUGUAGAAUCAAUAAUACUAGAACUAGUGGCAAAUAACGUCACUAUAAUAGGAGCUAGUCGAACAGCAACUCCUUCAGUGGCUAAAAAAAUUUUAAAUCUACUUCACAUCAAUGGUAAACCAGCAAUUCAAUAUUUUGAUGCUCUUGAAUGGGGACAAGGUUCUAAAACCAAACACAUUAAACUAGCAGCAAAACAACUUGGUAUGAACGAGGAGCUAGAGAAAGGUGGGUUUAUUUUGUUUGACGAUGAGUUGAGAAAUAGAGAUGUUGCUAGUAUCAAUUGUCAUUUUGCUCAUGUUCCUAAUGAAACAUUGGGGUUAACUAGAAAUGUAUUUGAAAACGGGUUACAGUCAUGGGCUAAAACUGCAAAAAACAUUUGA